CCUUUCAUUGGCCGAUACAAGUGGUUUUCGAUCCCCAACAGCGGCAAAGAGUAUUACCAACUAACGAUGACAGGCAAACUUCUACUGGCCACGAUCCUGUGCCUGAUGGGCGGCCAAGCCUUGGGCGAUGCGAUUGUGGAAGGAAACUACAACGUGACGGCCGUCUGCACGGCGGUGAAGGUCGGAACGCAGCUGGGCAGCAUCGAGUCCUGCCAGACGUACUACGUCUGCCAGUCCACCGGGCCCGUGCAGUCCUCGUGCCAAUCAGGCUUCUCGUACGACUACAAGAGAGGCUCCUGCUAUCCAAGCAGCGAGGUGGAUUGCUAUUGGGGCGUUGAGAAUCCCUGUGGUGGCAAGAAUAACACCUGGGUGCCAAACACUGCCGUCUGUGGUGGAUGGUUCUACUGCCUUGAGGGCAAGUCGGCGGGCUCCGGAAACUGCCCGGUGAACCAGAAGUUCGAUACCACCACAAUGGGCUGCGUUUAUGGAUCCUGCUCCAACACCCAAUCUACUGAUGGAGUCGUGCUAGGUUCACUCUGCGAUGUCGUGCCACCUGGCCAAUAUUUCGGCGAUACUGAGAGCUGCUCCAUCUGGCACUACUGCGAGUCCACCUCCACCGGACUCGUUUUGCAGUCGGGUACAUGCUCUACAAACGGACAAACUGCAUACAGCGUGCUCUCCAAUCAAUGUACCUACGAAAGUGCCUCCGUCUGCAGCCGUGUGACCAACGUUCCGCUGAGCGAUGCCGCAGUUUCCUGCUCCUCGAACGGUGCCAAGUCAGCCGAUUCCAAGGUGUGUGGCACCUAUUAUGUGUGCACGAACGGCAAAAAUGUGGCCACCGACUGCCCCUCUGGCUACUAUUACGACGUCGAAUCAGAGAACUGUGUGACCCGCCAGAGCGCCACUCCGGUGGAGGGAUGCAAUCGAUGCCAGUAUGCUACGACGAUGUUCGUGAACGCCGUCGAUUCGGAUAACUGCUCCACCUACUACUAUUGCAACAGCCAGGGCCAGGCCACUUUGAACACCUGCCCGGCCGAUACAUUCUUCGAUGAGUCAAGCCAGGGAUGCAAGCCCGACGAUGACCUGUCCACAUAUGUGCCUUUGAACGGAGCCUGCAAAGGAGCCACCGUCGACGGUGGUGAUAACGAAAAUACUACGGAAGGAACCGAAUAAGUCCAGUCGUCGUGAAGGACUUUCGGGAUGGAACUCAACGGAACAGGACUAACUGAAAACGCGAUCCUAUGUAUUUACCACUUAGUAUUCAGUAUCUAAUAAAGGCAAUAAAGCUUUGUUCGCAAGCAA